CACCUGCAGGAAGAUCCAGGAAGUGCGGGAGUUAUUUUAUGAGCAAAUAUCCUUCCUGCCUGCUGUCCUGCUGUAAAUUGAGCCACUUUAAUUAAACCAGACAGAAAUAUGUAUGAGAUUUCGAGCGUGAUAUAUUGAUAUUUCCAUUUAAUCGCGGAAAAUAAAGUCAAAUAGCGGCUGUUUUCGAAGGCCACUAGGUAAAAGGUAUCAGAGCGCCAGAGAACCGCACGGCCACCUGUAGCUGAGCGCAGCAGCAACAGCAGCUGUCCAUCAGGUGAUCUAUGCUCGUACAGCAGUGACACUGACACACGUCCAUCAGACAUGAGCUUCUUUGGCUUCGGGCAGACCGCUGAGAUCGACAUCGUGUUGAAUGACGCCGAGACCAGGAAGAAAGUUGAGCACAAGACCGAAGAUGGGAAAAAGGACAAAUAUUUCCUUUUCUACGAUGGGGAAACUGUAAGUGGGAAAGUUAACGUGACUCUCAAGACUCCUGGAAAGAGGCUGGAGCACUAUGGGAUCAAAAUCGAGUUUGUCGGACAGAUUGAGCUGUACUAUGACAGAGGGAACCACCAUGAGUUCGUGUCGUUAGUGAAGGAUCUGGCUCGACCUGGUGAGCUUUCACAGUCUCAGACCUUUGACUUUGAGUUCACCCAUGUGGAAAAGCCCUAUGAAUCUUACACUGGCCAGAACGUCAAACUGAGGUACUUUCUGCGAGCGACAAUCAGCAGAAGGCUGAAUGAUAUUAGUAAAGAGAUGGAUAUUGUAGUGCAGACGCUGUGCACGUAUCCAGAGCUCAACUCUUCCAUCAAGAUGGAAGUAGGAAUUGAAGAUUGUCUUCAUAUUGAGUUUGAAUACAACAAAUCCAAAUACCAUCUGAGGGAUGUUAUCGUAGGAAAGAUUUACUUCCUUCUUGUGAGGAUAAAGAUUAAACACAUGGAAAUCGAUAUAAUAAAACGGGAGACGACUGGAACAGGACCCAGUGUGUACCAUGAAAAUGACACCAUUGCCAAAUAUGAGAUCAUGGAUGGGGCACCAGUAAGAGGUGAGUCGAUCCCCAUUCGUUUAUUUCUAGCCGGAUACGAGAUGACACCCACCAUGAAGGACGUCAACAAGAAGUUCUCUGUGCGUUACUACCUGAACCUCGUCCUUAUAGAUGAAGAAGAGCGACGAUACUUCAAACAACAGGAGAUCACACUCUGGAGGAAAAGCGAUAUUGUGAGGAGAAGUAUGUCCCAGCAGGCCACCAUUGCCGCCCAGAGAUACGAGGGAUCAAACUCUGAAACUGCGUCAGCAAAAGCCAAAGAGGAGACUGACUAGAUGUUCCCUCAACAGCUCAAACGAACCUUGUUACAUCAAAAUAAUAUUUUAUAAUCUCAAAGGGAUCAAUGUGGCAAGUGAUUUUUGCAGAGAAAGUGAAAUCAUCGCUUCUCGAGAUCAAAAGCUUGUAAAAGGCAGUCCUUAACUACUUAAAUGUGUAUAGAUUACAAAGUAUUUUUUUAUUUCUUUUUCCAAUACUGCGUACAUUUCCAUCAUACAAUAGUGACCAACUGUUUUGAAAUGCCAGAAAUGAUCUUUUCAUGUGUACGCCGCUGUUUUCAUACUACACGUUUGAUUUGUUCGUCAUAAACUUGUAAGCCUGAAUACAUUCCUCUUGUUAUGCUGAAAUUUUGCUUCAGUCUAGUACACUGAGAAAUCUAGCUUCUAUACUUUGUCCUGUUUAAUGAGCCCAAAAUGAGAUUUACUGUGAUCUUUUGUUAUAAAUCUAUCGCUUCAUGUACUCUUCAUAGAGCUCUGCACAGUGUUAUUCUAUCAUUUAGGCUAUUACAAAUUAAGACCUCCAUAGCAAUGUCUAAUAAGGGAACUACUAACUUUUCAUGAAUAUUUAUAUUAUUGAUUUUUUUUCUUAUGAUUUGGUGUCUUAAGUGUUUAUUUCCUACUAAUAAGAAACAGCAGAAUCGUCGGCAGCAGGUUCCAGUAUUCUCAAGAGUGCAGUUAAAAGCUGUAAUAGAGAAAAUCCUUUGUUUGCUACUAAUUUUUAAAGUGAAUUUUCCAAUCUUAAAUGUGUAUGUCACUGUAUUAUACUAAAUAUUUGUUUAAUAGCUUAUUAGCUGUUCAGGUGAUGACUAUAAACAGCCAUGCAACCGUGAAAACGUCUGCAAAAGGCUCAUUUAAUCAGCCCUAUUGUAAUAAAUUUUACUAACCUAUGCAUUCAA